AUGGCUGAUUCCGAACCUGAUAUCGAGAGCAAACACAGUGGCACACCUGCUAGUAAUUACGAUACAAAUGAACUCUCCAGCUCUGACAGUGACAGAGCGCCCACUGACGGCGAUCUGAGUUUAGCGAAACAAAGAGAUAUUUUGUCAAGGAUAUAUGCGGAGUCUCAGUCUCAAUGUCAGGAAGGAGAUACAGUAUUUGUGAUUCCGUCGGCUUGGUUUGAUUUACUUUGGAAUCCGGAUCUGUCUGACAAGGCAGAAUUGGGCCCCAUUGACACUUCAUCUAUAUGUCGCGAUUUCGAAAAUUUCGUUUUGGUUCCCUAUAACAAAGUUCCAUAUUUAUCCGUGCCACAGACGGUCUACGAAAAGCUUAUAGAAUGGUACGGUCUCGCGCCAGGUUCUGAAGCAGUGAAGACUGUUCUUAUCAAAGACGAAAAUGAUCAACUGAUCACAGAAUAUGACCGCUACUACGUAAGAAUUCAUUUACUCCAAGAUGCAAGCGACGACCAAGCACGUUAUCCUUCAACAAACAGUAAACCUUUGUUUUUCACAAUAUCGAGGUUGGGAACCAUUGAGAUGGCCAUGCAGAGAUGUCUCGAACUCAUCAGUGAUUACGGAUCUGGGCCCGAUCUCAGAGUGCAUAAGUUUCGGAUUUGGAAUGUUAAAAACUCUAGUGAAUCUGAACAGAAUUCUGUGCUGUCACAAAAGUAUAUUUUGGAUCCUUUAGACUUCGCAGAAAUUCCAAUUAAAAACAGACUAAUUCCAAAAAUGUUUAAGCGCCUAGUGCGGGACCUUAACUCGUCAGUCCUGGAUCUCGUUGUUGAAUACAAGAAUAAUAAUGAGGGUACGCACUGGCCAUCAAGUUUCUAUUACUACAACAAGCUGCGAUCUCCUAAGGGAACCGUAGGCCUAUCAAAUUUGGGAAACACCUGUUACAUGAACUCUGCCCUUCAGUGCCUCGUACACAUUCCGGAACUUAGAGACUACUUUCUGUACGGCUCGUUUCAAAAUGACAUAAAUACUAGCAAUCCUCUGGGCUAUGGCGGACAAAUAGCAGAGAACUUCGCUGCUCUUAUUAAAUCGCUUUUUAAUGACAGGGCGUCGAAUAUCAACUCAUUCUCUCCAAGAAAUUUUAAAACCUCCCUUGGUCAUCAUAAUUCGAUGUUUGCAGGAUACUUGCAACAAGAUUCUCAAGAAUUCCUAGCAUUUCUCCUAGACGGACUUCACGAAGAUUUGAAUAGAAUAGUGAACAAACCCUUUGUCGAAAAACCUGAGCUUGCAGCUGAAGAUGAUGUUCGCGAUCAGCAACUUAUAAAGCAGCUGGCUGACGAUACCUGGAACAAACACAAGCUGAGAAAUGACUCGGUCAUUAAUGAUCUGUUUGUUGGAAUGUAUAAGUCAACAUUAACUUGCCCUGUUUGUGACAAGGUUUCGGUAACAUUUGACCCAUUUAGUGACUUAACUUUACCUUUGCCUGUGGAAAGCAUUUGGACUUCAAAGGUUCGCAUUUUUCCUCAAAAUUCACCGCCUUGUAUACUAGAGGUCGAACUUACGAAACGCGCGACGUAUGAAGACUUGAAGCUUUACGUUGCAAAUGCUGCUAAUAUGAAGCCUGAUGACCUGAUUGGAGCAGAGAUCUUCAAUCAUGCAUUUUAUAACAAUUACGAAUCCCCAAACUCAGAUUCCAAAUACCUUCCAGUUAACGAUCUUGUUUCUGAAAGCGACGUAAUUGUUUUUUAUGAAGUUCCUCGCUAUGAUGGCCACAUAAUAAUUCCAGUAUUAAAUGUCAAAGUUGAGGAGGGAUUUCGUAGUCCGCGAACUUUUGGGUAUCCAUUUUUUAUCUCCUUAGAUGAAAAUGAACUUGACUGUUAUGGUGCAAUCAAACGACAAUUGGAAAAACAUUACGCAAAUUUGAGCGGGAAUUUUGACAGUUUUCCCUUAGUAGGUCGAAGUGGCGAUGCCACGCUAGAUUCUUUAAGCCUGCUGAAACAAAAAUAUCCAAAUGUCGACCUCUCAUUGUUUUCUAAGGAUGUUGAAAACUGUACACCAGACUUUCCCUUAGAUCAUUUAUUUUCUCUACAAAUUCUUGACGGAAAUAAUGCGAACGAUUCUUCGGCCAAUCGUAAGGAUGCUGGAAACGAUAUCUGGACCCCAGAUCCUCGUUUCAAUUGGGAGUCGGUUACAGAUGUAACAACACUAAUGAAUAAUGUUACGAGAGACAUUUAUGACUAUCAAAAUCUAAUCACAAACCAGAAAGACGAAAUAGAAGAAUACGCUAUGUUGACAGGUACUCAAAACAUUCAAGAUAAAGAACAUAGCGAGAGAGAGGGAACCACUUCCGAUAUGGACGUUGACGUUGAAAAUGAAACGGGGCUUGAAGCUCCUGUGAGGCCAACUAACUUGCCUGUGCCAAAUGAAUCUGAAAAUCGAAACACAUCUGAGCCAACUACAUAUCCGAGACAAAAACUGAUCGGUCGCAAUCAGGCUCUUAUCUGCAAGUGGAGUGACGAAGUCGCAUCUAGCGUUUUUUCUGAUGAACCCGAAUUCUCAUGGGAAAAGCCGGCAGAACUGAAGAAUCUCGAACACGAUAAAAUGAAAAGUAGACGCAAUCAUGAAUCCAAAAAGCAAAUUAUGAUCGAAGAUUGCUUGGACUUGUUCUCUAAGCCAGAGGUUCUAGGCGCCACUGACUCUUGGUAUUGUCCAAAAUGCAAAGAACAUAGACAGGCAACAAAACAGAUUCAACUCUGGAAAAUUCCCGAGAUCUUGACUAUCCAUUUGAAGAGGUUUGAAAAUCGCGAGUCCUUUAGUGAUAAAAUAACGGAGGUGGUACAUUUCCCAAUCUCAGGAUUAGAUAUGUCAAGUCACUCGGCCUCUCAAGAGCAUCAACUAAUGAACACUUACGAUCUAGUAGCUGUUGACAAUCAUUAUGGUGGUCUUGGUGGUGGUCACUAUACGGCGUAUGCAAAGAAUUUUGAAGACAGCAAGUGGUACUACUUUGAUGACUCAAGAGUGAGCGAGACUGAGCCAGAGCGUUCAGUAUCAGAAGCCGCGUAUCUACUUUUUUACCGUCGUAGGGUUGAAGGUUCAGAUGUUGGUCCAUCAAAUCUUCAAGAGCUGCUUGCUUCGUCACGUCAUCAACACCAGCUGAAAAUUGAAGAGUUCAAUACAAAUCAAGAAAAGUUGUACAAUGAUAAUCAGUCCGACUCAGAGGAAGAGUAUCAAGUGCAGGACAAUCCAAAAAAUGAAAAAGUAGACAUUUCUGUGGAUUCCCUUUACAACGUAGCGAGCCUUGAAGUUGGAAAUUCGCCUCUGGAUUCAUCCCCCGAGGAAAACGAUGGUAGGAGAAAACUGCGAUUGCUACACAAAAAUUACAUUAGUGCUUUGCCCAGCUCCUAUAAUUUUAAUUUCUCAGCGACCAGCUCCGACUCUUCAGAUGGAAGCGAAAAUACCACGCGAAAGGUUAAUUACGCAGGACAGGGGCCUCCAUCGCCCGUUUUAUAA